AGUGUGUGUUUGUGAGAGCAGCCUGAGUGCCGCGUGGAUCUCUCCUCAAAAGCUCAGCAGCACAGGAAAGAGCGGGAGUGUUUCUGAAACUGAUUCACUGGAUACAAAACUUGCCAGAAUUCAUCUCGGGGAAGAAAGAACAAUGUCAAGUGCUAUCAUGAGACGAAGCUCUAGCAAGCAAGGUUUGCAGAAUCUCCUGAGAGUAACGGCUCAGCGAAGUAUCGAAGAUGCUGAGGAGAUUGAGAGAGAAAGGCGCCGUCGGGCCCGGGAGGCUUUCCGAAAUCAGCACAGCCUGUCUGGAUCUGCUGGAUCCCCUCAGGACAGCGCGAACCCACCUGAGGCCAGCCUCUUCGAAAGUGAAUUAAAACCCAGCAGUCCCGUUGCUCUGGAUGAGGAUGAAGGUUUUAGUGACUGGACCCAGAAGCUGGAACGGAGAACACGGCUCAAAAUGGAAGAGACGGCCAAUGGAGAGAAGUUGCAAGAAGAGAAGAAAAAUGUAAACACAAGACCGAAACAAAUAGAGAAGAGCAGUUUCACAAGUUCUGUAGAGCAUCAUCAAACUCAGGACAGAGAAGGAGAGGAUAAACGUUCAGACAGUAUCACUAAGAAACCAAUGGAGAUCAGUGAGAGGCUGUACUCUCAGAGAGCAGAAGAACGGCUUGAUCACAGCAAAAGAAGACAACCAGAAAUAAAACCACCAACGGAGAAUAAGGCUAAAGAGGAGAGGAAAGAGGUGAAGGUUUCAUACACAUCCAAAGUCUUCCUACAGCAAGAGAGGAUUCCUAAUGGGAAAGCAGAGGCAGCGCCAGAGGAAGUGACACCAAAUCCAGUGAAAACCAAAAGAUCACCUAGCAGAAUCGUUGAUACCAAUCAGGUCUUCGAGACUAAGAAGGACACACAUGCCGUCCUGGAGACAGAGCUGAAGCUGGAGAAGAUUAGACGUAGCCAUCAGGAAAAGGAGAAUCAGGAAAUGGAGAAUCUACGACAGCGCCAAGCCGAGGCUGAGCUAGAGCUGGAGGAACUGAAGAAGAAGAGAGAGGAACGGCGCAAAACCCGUGAAGAAGAAGAGCGGAGGAGAGAGGAAGAGGAACAGCUGAAGCAGACCAAAAAAGAGGAGGACAAAAGACAGAUGAAGGAGGACAUCGAGAGGAGGAGGAUGGAAGCAGUGGAGAAAAGAAUGAAAAAUAUCAACGUCUCUCCCACUGAUGGUGAUGAUCCAUUUAAUCCGCUGAACCCCAUGAGUCCAACAUUCAAGAUAACUGAAAGGACAGAAUCCCUGAAUCGCUCUUUAAAGAAGAGCAACAGCUUCAAGAAGACCCAGAGACCUGUACUGCUGCCCAAGAUUGAUGACAAGCUGGAACAAUACACACAUGCCAUUGAGAUCUCUUCUAAAGAAGCAAAGACGCUUAAGUCAGCAGCAGUGGACAUGCCCUGUGUCUCCGCUCCGGUGGCCUCCAAAAAAACUCUGUUUGAAGGAGGAGAAGUCUGGAGUCAAACCAGCCUAAAGGGAAUGCCUUCUAAGGAUGCCGACUGUGUGAAAGUAGGUGUAGCAAACCUGAUCAACCAUUGGGUGAAAGGAAGCCCGGAAGGUGGGAACAGACACUCCCCUUCUGCACCAUCUGAUGUUAAAUCUGGAGGUGUUAUGCGGAAAAAGAACAUGUGGGAAAUUAUUGGAGAAGGUUCUGCAGCUGAGAGAUCGGGUCUGGGAGGAAAGGGAUCCUCCUUGGGUAAACGGUACAAGUUUGUUGUGACAGGCCAUGGGAAAUACGAAAAAAUUCCCACUGAUGAUGAUCACUACAGUGCUUACCCAAAUGGAAAAUCAAGUGAUUUAUCCAACGAUGACUUGUGAAGAAUUGAAUACAUCAAAACCAUGAUUCACAAAGAACAUACAUUACCAUAUAGAUUCAAUCAAUUAAGGAAGAAACAAUUGCAUUGCAUUGUAUUUGUAUUUCUGUCUUUGAUUUCUGAUGAAAAAAACAGGAUGUAUUCUUUUGUUUGUCUCAUUUACAAUGUAAAAAAAACAAACUUAUUGUCAGAUAUCUGAUCAAAUUACACAGAAUAUAAACUUGUGGUUUCUCUUUUUCUCAGAAUAUUUUUUUUUUGUGCCAAUAUGUUCAUAUUUAACGAUAUAUGUUAGUUUGAGCUGAAUGUGAAUAUCAAAAAGAUAAAGCAAUUUUUGUCAUGUUUUUAUUUUGAAUACCUAUGCCAUGGGUGUCAAAUUUAGUUCCUGGAGGGCCGCAGAUUUAGUUCCAACCCUAUCAAACACAGCUGAUCCGAAAAAUCGAGGUGUUCAAGAGAGUCACAAACACCUUCAUUAGUUGGAUCAGCUGUGUUUGAUCAGGGCUGGAGCAAAACAGUGCAGAGUUGUGGCCCUCUAGGAAUUGAGUUUGAGACCAUUGACCUAUUUUUAUACUUUGACCAUUUGUUUUUACAUUUAUAUAGACUUGGAUACAAUUUAAUAGUUGAUGAAUAGUAGAACAUGCCAAAACAUUAGAAAUCCAUGCGUCUGAUUCUGACAACUGAGGCUAAUUCUGAAAACGUAGUCCUGUGGAUGUUUCUGGAGACCACGAAAAACGGUGCGUAUUUUUGCAGUGUUUGUUUUUGCGAAUCCGCAAGAGGCCGCUGUGUGCACUUUUUCGGAUCUCAAAUGUCUCUCGUGAGUGCCGUUUGCUCCCAUGCUGUUCUUGCAUAAGCCCACCAGAGGCCACAGUCGACCGACUGAAUGAUUGACUGGUCGACCGGCCAAUCGACUGACCCACCCUCCUCCUUCCCUAAAUCAAACCAAUUUAACCGACUGACCCGCCCACCCACUUACUUUCCUAAACCCAACCGACGGUUUACAAAAGCCGCCCAGAAAAAGAAAUGCCCUGGUCUCAUUUUUUACCACGUUUUCGGAUUUUACCACAUUUUCACCCUGUUAUUUACUUGUUAAUUUUAUUUUUUGAAUUGUGUUUUUAUGAACCGCUCUUCCCUGGACUCGAAUCCGGCCGUUGUCGUCAACUCCCCAAGUCCGCCAACGUACGCGACGAGCUAACUGGACAAACUGGCUGCAGUGGGAAAGUCCUCCACACAGAGGUAAUCUGUCAGCCGGUAAGCACGAAAAGGAACAACGUCAUACCGACCCGUUGGCUGCAUGUCAUUAAAAAAAUGAAAUGCAGCCUUCGUCUAUAUAAUUCGCGGUCUCUAGAAACGUCCACGGGACUUCAGAAUGAGCCUGUGUUGGAUUCUGGUCAUUCUUGCAUUGUAUUGUAAGUCAUUAUCGAUCUUUGUUUUGACUUGUGCUGUUAUAUAAUUGUAUUUCCUCUGCUCUUGUUCUUUAUUGUAUUGUGUAAUCAGCCACACUUUUUGUUUUUUCAAGAAAACACUGGAAUUAGUCCAUUUAUCAUAUUUAUAUUAUUAAUAUAAACCUUUUUUGUCCAUUUAAAAGCUUUUUCUACAGAUCCGUACUGAGAAUGGUUAUAAUAAGAAUGUGAUUAUAGCCCACUGCCGCUUGUUAUUUUCAAUAAAUUUGAUAUUUUUUAUGAUUAUUU